CUCGCCGAACGCAAGUGGAUAACACAGCGAAUAAGACCGUCGUGAAAACAUGACGUCCCCUGUCGGGCCGAUUUGCAGUCCACGCUAUUUUUGUCUGUUAUUGGUGUCGACGUGCUAUUAUUAUGGCUUAACUACGGCCAUUACAGUGGUCGAUCACGUGUCCAAGGAUCGAUAUGCAGCCGGAGGCAGCGAUGGGGACACCGUUGACGACACGCACUUGCGAGAGAAAGCGGAAGAUGAGGAUGCGGAAAACAAGCAUUUCAUGGACGUUUAUUCGUUGCAAAGCGGACCCCAACAAUUAGAAUUUGGACACGUGUUCGAGGAUCCAAAUGUCUGGGAACAGAGGUACGAGAAAAAGGAUUUCGACGCUCAACGGUACCAGGGAAAAGUGAAAUGGGGUGACAAAGACGGCAGUUACGGUGAACAGUACUGGGAUUUAAAUCACGGUGGCGCUGAUGAAUUAUCCAACGAAAAUGAAAAAAACGAUCAAUACGAAGAACCUGCCCCAAUCGAAUACGGACAGGAGAGCCGUCAGAGACCCGUAAUUUAUAAGCCAAUGACGAUUAAACUUCUUAAGAAUAAAUCCAAGAAACCCGUUAAAAGUGUACGGAACUAUCCAAAACGAUUAGUAGAACCAUCAGCUGCACCGACAACUAUAGGAAGCUCUACUAAAAAAACAGCUCCUGUUUUAGUUUUUGACAUGAAGACUGGAGUGGUUAUGGACGAAGCCACGGGAAAUAAAUUCAUUUUGAAACCAAUUAAAAAUUAAUAAUUUAUCUACAAUAUUGUUUUAUUUUAUAAAUUUUACAAUAAAAACCAGA